CACUUAGGGUUGCCUUAUAAGAUAUUUCUACACUUACGUUGUCAGAUGCAAUUAGCAGUGCCACAGCGUUAAAUAGAAACGGCGCCUCCGCCUAAAAACCAUGGUUCACGUCUCGUUUUACCGCAAUUAUGGGAAGACAUUUAAGAAGCCUCGUCGUCCUUACGAAAAGGAACGAUUGGAUGCCGAGCUGAGGCUGGUGGGAGAGUACGGGCUGCGAUGCAAGAGGGAGCUUUGGAGAGUUCAGUAUGCUUUGAGCCGUAUCAGAAAUGCUGCUAGAGAUCUCCUGACCCUUGACGAGAAGAACCCGCGUCGGAUCUUCGAGGGCGAGGCCCUUCUUCGCAGGAUGAACCGAUAUGGACUCCUCGAUGAGAGCCAGAACAAGUUUGAUUAUGUCUUGGCAUUGACUGUCGAGAACUUCCUUGAACGUCGCCUUCAGACUCUUGUGUUCAAGUCUGGUAUGGCCAAAUCCAUCCACCAUGCCCGAGUGCUCAUCAGGCAAAGGCAUAUCAGGUUCGGACGGCAGGUAGUCAACAUUCCUUCAUUUAUGGUGAGGGUUGAUUCGCAAAAGCACCUUGAUUUCUCUCUCACUAGUCCAUUUGGCGGCGGACGUCCUGGGAGAGUGAAGAGAAGGAACCAGAGGGCUGCUGCCAAGAAGGCUGCCGGCGGAGAUGGAGACGAAGAAGAUGAAGAAUAAGUUAUGGGGUUUUUGUUCUUUCGUGGCUGGUCACUGUAGGACUCUAUUCUCAUUCUAAGCUAGUUUUCCAUGAUCUAGAAAGUAAUGUCUGUUUUUCCCCCUUUCUG